AUGAGCUCAUCUACAAAGCCCGUACGGACAUACAGUAGACGGCAAUCGACCAAGUAUGCGUCAGGAUCAUCUACUGUGUCCCCUGAGUACAGUGGCAGGACCACGUCCUCGAAUAGAGUUAGCGAUGUGGAUGAACGUCCUCGAAAGCGCAGAACACUCCUCGAUACUUCACGGGAUGCAACUAGCCAAGAGGAACUGAUAUCGCUUCUGAAUACACCGUCAAAGCGUAACAGCCAGAGUUGGACCGGUUCUCCUGACCUGGCAACAAUCCCAUCCUCACCGACUGGUGGCAAGAGUGCAGAAACUGCUGUCUCCCGUAAUAAGAAAGGGAAAGAGAUAGAGUUGCACGGUGCCCUGAACCGAACGUCCUCUGUGCCUACCGCAACUCGUGAUCCAUCACCUUGCUCGACAAGUGAAUCGUCAACGUCGCACCUUACGACUCCGAAGAAACCCAAAGACCUAACCAGCAUAUUCGAAGCCGCAUCUCCGCAGCGCAGAACGCAGUCACAGGGUGACAGCCCCCUGAACUCACCGAGGAAGUCUGGAAUUACAAAGAAGAUGCUCUCACGUUCGCAGACAGAGAGUUCAAUCGAAUCUUCGCCUUCCAAGACGAACGAGCUCACUCCUAAGUCCAAGUCUCUUGUGAUACCUCGAAAGGCAGGCGCAUCAAGGGAUAAUGGAACCCCAACUACAUCUCCCGAGAAGGAACUUUCUCGCAGUAUAUCUCGAAAUUCCGUCACAUCCACUAGUGCUCAACCUCAACGAGAAAGCACUAGCAACACUCGCACAUACGCUGGGAAAUCUCGUUCCUUCCUCGUCGCACUGCCAGCAGCUGGACUCCUUACUCAAACCGGUGAACCGGGUAUGAAGAAGGAGACCUGGGAUGAAGAUGAUGAAGAGAAUUUGAGAGUCAGUUAUGCGGAGUUGCGAGAACGAUUCGGCAUAGAUAACUCUGAUGGAGUCGAUGCCGCAACUGGUGAUGCUGACUCCACUGGAGAGGGUCUCUCACUCUACAAUCCUCUAUCUUCCAUAACAGACUUACGUUCCAAAGGCGAGUCAAGACGCUUUCGCGACGAAGUAGGCUACCUAUUCGAAGGUCUUGAACCGAACGGGGCGCUUACUGUCCGCCGGAGCUCCGCUUUUGAUAUUGUGUCAAAGCUAAGCGAUCAAGAAUUCUGGAGAAAAGCAAAGGCGGCAGGGUUCAUACCAGAGAUUUGGGAACGUUUACGUGCAGCAGGUGCUGGUAAUGGCGACAAGGUCCUCGAUCCGAUUUUAUGCUGUUUCGUCUCUCUGGCAUCAGAGGAUCCACGGGAUGUCUCAUUAUUAGCCAGUGCUGAUGACUUAGUUGAAACAGUCAUUACGCUUCUUGCAACCCAUGCCAUAAAUGACCCCUUAGCUUCGAGCUUGUCAAACGACAGGAUGAAACUUGAUAAAGCAGAGACUUUGAUAUUAAAACGCCUGCGUGACAUCAUAUCUACAAAACAUAACAUCCCAUCCAUUCGCCUUCUGCUAUCCUGCUUGCUUUCGUCCGCGCCUACGCUUGCUUUGCCUCAAAUAACUUCUUUACUAGACAGCACGAUCAGAGACUUCACAAGUGUUUGCAGCCGUUUGGCGGCAUACAAAUCUGGUCUGGAGCUCUUAAGCGAUACAUCACAUUCUGGCGGCUCCUCCGAGAAACUUUGUUUCGGCCAUAUUUAUAAUUGCUUAGUAGUUUUGGAUUUAUACCUUAUUGAAUUGGAAGCUGAAGGGAGUUCGUUGAAACUGUCGAAGAUGGAUUUACGGGAACGGUACCGAGCAAUGGCGAGUUGGCUAGUGGCACUGCUCGUUGUUACAGACAUCAUGAAUCGAAGUGACUUGUCGGACGGUCUCCGCGCACAAGCAUCUCGAUGCAAUGAACUUGCCUUCCGCAUCCUCAUAAACCUUACCAAUGGUAGUUCGACAUGGACAGAUGCUGUCGCAGCAGAUCCGUACACUCUGUCGUCAACUGUCCGGUUAACUGUUGCCGCACACCGUGCAGUACUGAGCUCGAACGCCAAAAAAUUGGACACAGAUGCCUCGACGCAUGAUCAGGAUGUGCUGACUUCUCCCAUGGAUCGAUUGUGUCUGGCUCUGGCGCUGUUGACGAAUCUUCUGCAGGAGCGAGAUAACUUGGCGUAUUCACUCCAAAAUAUCGUAAUUGAUCCCGCGUGCGAUGGACAAAGGUCGUGCCUGGUGGGUUGUCGAUGCGACAACAGCAUAAGCGCGGUCUCAGCCCUCGUCAACAUGUACAUCUCAUUCCUGAAGAGUGAAGUUGAUGAUUUGGAAUUGGAUUUUCAUUUCCUACGGGGUCACCUCGCAGUUAUCGUCGGUCUUCUGCUCCUUCAGUUACACAAUCCGGAUGUCGACUCCGCUCCGUCGUCCUUGCUAUCUACUUCACCGGCUCAAACCCCUUUCCAAUUAAUCAUGGAUGCUCUCCCGGGUCCAAGCAACUCUGGAACUAAAAGACUUGACGCACUCAUCGCAAAUGUCGAGGAGUUUUCCCAUUUGUAUACGACGCUAACGAGUAAGAUAGGUCGCCACGGUCAGCACCAUGCCUCAUCCAUCGGAGAUGGUAUUAGAGAUGGGAGUGAUGACAUCAUUGCAAAGGAUCGGGUCGCCUUGAGUUCGGAGUUGGGCUCAGGCUCGGACGUUGUAGCGGAAGUGGCCGUUUCCUUGCGUGCGCUCUGUGCAGAGCUGCGAAGUCGAUAGGACCAUUGUAUUUCACUGAUACAUUAAGAAACAAGGUACAGGACGGGUGGAUCGACGUCCG